AUGCCAAAUUAUCCGCAAGAGCGGAUCACUGAAUCAAGAACGUUUGGACGAAUUGGCCUCGACUAUUUGGGGCCGAUUACUGUGAAGAUACAAUUGGAAAAAGCAAAGCGAUGGAUCGCCUUGUUCACAUGCUUCACCACCAGAGCGGUACAUUUGGAAAUGGUGGACGAUCUAUCAGCGGAAAGAGAAGUGGUACUGUUAGAUGAGCCUCAUGCACCACGUGGUACAUGGAAACUAGCAAGGAUAAAGAAAUUAAACGUAGCCAAUGAUGGGUACGUCAGGAGCGCUCAGAUCGAAACAUCGUCAGGAAAACUUCUAAAUCGACCUGUAAGCACGUUGUAUCCACUUGAAGUUACUCCAGAAGAACAGUCUACUCCGGAGAACCCCGCGAACCCAUCAGAGAGAGCAGAACCAAUUAUCCAAAACCGAAACACCACAACUAACACGAAGAUUUCGAGUGAAAGUGGUGAGGAGCAACCUAUUGCUCAUCGAACACGGAGCCAGACAAAUUUACAAAAAAGGGAGAAGUCAAAUUUCGUUUUAACCAACUUACUGCUAACAGUAGCAAUAUCGAUAAUUCUACAAGCAGCAGAAACGAAGGAAUGCAAAUGGACAUCAGGUGUUGAGAAUCACAAUGUUUUAUCCUAUAAACCCCAAAUCUAUCCAUUAGAACACUUUUCGCUCUUCCCUCGGGAGUGUCGAGAACAAGCUCGAAAUUCCACUAGAAAUAAUCUUUGUACCGAACAAUCGAAUUUAGCAAAAGGUCAAAUUUAA